AUGAAUAAUAUCUUCAAAUACGGUUCGAUUGAAAAUAUCCCAAUGUAUAAUUGCAGCGCAAGAACUCCUGCUCAAUGGUCCUACGAAAGCGGCGAGUCUCACCCGAUUAUUGGCUCUUUACAAAUAGUUUAUGGUGUUAUUGUUAAUCUGCUCUACCUACCGAUAUCAAAAAUAAUGUUGGAAAAAGAGAAUUAUAAACUAUCAUCAUUCAAGAUAAUGUUUCAUUUGGCUGUCACCGAUGUUCUAGUAAUUUUUAUAAACUCAAUCCUAACCGGAAUUCUAGCAAUCCAAGGUGCCGUUUACUGUACUUACCCUAACUUAAUUUAUAUAACUGGAUCAAUUGCAAUGUGCCUUUGGUGUUCUUCUUGUUUCACAUCUCUUAUUCUAGUGAUUAAUCGACUUUUAAUCUUAUGGAAACCUUCAGUUGAAAUGCAGAUGUUUGAAGGCAAUAAGACACCAGCCUUAUUGUGUUGUUCUGUAAUUUACGGAAGUUAUUUCCUGUUCACAACACCACAUGUCUACAAUUCGAAACAUCUUGCGUGGUUCUACGAUCCGAUGAUUUUUCCUGGUAGAGCCAAGGAAUACGAUAAUAUUUAUCAUGGCGUUAAUAACUUUUCUAUCGUUGCUAUCACAUGUGCACUCUAUAUUCCAUUUUACAAAAUUGUUCGAGGAAAUCUGAAAAUCUCAGGCAGUAACUCAAGGUUUCAUAACGCUAAACUACAAAUCUAUCUGCAAUCAGUAUUAAUAUGUGUCGCGAGUCAAGCAGCUGCGAUCAUCUACGUGGUCAUGAAUUUCGUCCAAGUUCCUCCGAUUGUCGUCGUCUCUGGUCAUCUACUCUGGGAAUUGGUACAUGGAGCUCCAGUGUUCAUAUACAUUUCAUUCAAUGAUAUGAUCCGAAAACGAUUUCUGGAGAUAUUCGGUUGCAAAAAUGUGGUGACACCGCAAUUUGUUGUAAGCCCUCCUGUUGUUGUUCAACAUGAUUAUACUUUUAUGAUUUGA